AUGGCGCCCUUGGAAACCAUCUACGACGAAUCGCUCAACAAAUCGGCGGAUUCCAUUGAUGAUAAGAAAUGGUCCAAACUUUUCCCAAGGAUUGUCAGCGACCCGGAUCGAUCAUCCAAUUUCAUGACCAGAGCAAUCUACGUCGCGUUUUCGGCUGUUCUUAGGAACCGUAACAUUCUUGGACAAGAAUAUUUCACGAAGAAUUACAUCACUGAAAAGCUGAAAUGCAUGACGCUGUGCUUCAGAAACCCACGGUCUAACCAAAUCGCUCAACUACUUCGAAAUGCUGGGGAUGCAACAAAGGAUGGGUUUCUGAAAGAAGUCUCCCUCGUGAUCACAAAUAAUGAAGGAGAUCUUGAAGCCAUCGAAGUUUUCUCUAUGAAGUUCAUUUAUUUUGAGAAUGGCGGCGUGGUUGCUCGUCUGAGCACUGACAAGAAUGGCCAGGAAGAUCCUCACUUCGCAAAGCUUGCUCAACUUGUAUACGAGGGUGGCGACAGCGUACGAGAUCAAAUGGUGACGAUUGUUCGCAGUGUUCAGUUCCUCUGCACAAAAGUUCUCGAACCGUUGCCAGAAGAAUUCACGGCUAAUUUUCGAUUGGAGUACACAAACGAUGCUCCAUCCAAUUUCCGCAUUGAUGGCUUCGAAGAUUCUUCCACUUUUUACACACUUCCUGAUGAUAUCCAAUCGGCAACCAUUGGUCACUUGCGCCCAGGAUGCCACGCUGCAAACAUGGAAUGCUGGAGCAUGUUGAUGUCCGAUUCAUACGAAGCAGAGUUGACUCUCAAGCGACACCUGGACAAAGUUUCCGAUAGGCAUGGAUUCAAUCCAGUGAAUGUGCUGUAUAAAUCGUUUAAUUCGGAGGACAGUGACACAAGUCUUAGUCAGGCCACUACUGAAUCUGUCAACGAUCAAGGAGGAAACGAGACUUCUCCGGUGGAUGAUAUAACUGAGUCUCUCGAGAAAGCACAAAUGUCGCCUAUCCAGACGAGACCAACUACUCGCAGAGGAGCCGAUGGCAGCAAAACCAGAUCGUCUCCAUAUUCUCGUUCCUGUAAAUAAUUUUUUUCCUAGCUUUCAAUAGAUUAUAGCUUCAUUCUGUAACUUGGCAUGUUCUAUAUCAUCGUGUAAAAUGUUUUAUUGUCUUGAGUGUUUCCUUUCUGCUCCAUUAUUGUAUCCUUAGUUUUUUUUAUUCAAAUUACAGUCAUUCAUAAAUAAAUCGACUGGUGUUA